CCCGCGGGCAGGCGACAAACGUACCUCGGCGAGCGAACUCAGACGUCGGUAACGGAGAAGAUGGCAGAGCGUCAACAACAGAAGCACGAAGGCAGGGUUAAGAUCGGGCAUUACAUCCUCGGCGACACACUCGGAGUGGGGACAUUCGGGAAAGUGAAGAUUGGAGAGCACCAGCUGACAGGCCAUAAAGUGGCUGUGAAGAUCCUAAACAGACAGAAGAUCCGUAGUCUCGAUGUCGUGGGGAAGAUCAAACGAGAGAUCCAGAAUCUCAAACUGUUCAGACACCCACACAUCAUCAAGCUGUACCAGGUGAUAAGUACUCCCACAGAUUUCUUCAUGGUUAUGGAGUAUGUGUCAGGAGGUGAGCUGUUUGACUACAUCUGCAAACAUGGACGGGUAAGACCUAUCCCUGGUCAUAUCUGUUCAUUUUGUAUCUUUCAGGUGGAAGACACCGAAGCACGCCGCCUUUUCCAGCAGAUAAUAUCAGCUGUAGACUACUGCCACAGGCACAUGGUGGUCCACAGAGACCUCAAACCUGAGAACGUCCUGCUGGACGCCAGCAGGAAUGCCAAGAUUGCAGACUUUGGUUUGUCAAAUAUGAUGUCAGAUGGGGAGUUUUUAAGGACAAGCUGUGGCUCACCAAACUAUGCUGCUCCAGAGGUCAUCUCAGGAAGGCUCUAUGCAGGUCCAGAGGUGGACAUCUGGAGCUGUGGUGUGAUCCUGUACGCCCUGCUGUGUGGUACUCUGCCCUUCGACGAUGAGCAUGUCCCUACGCUGUUUAAAAAGAUCAGAGGAGGCGUCUUCUACAUCCCAGAAUACCUGAACCGCUCUGUGGCUUCACUGCUGAUGUUCAUGCUACAGGUUGACCCCUUGAAGAGAGCCACCAUCAGAGACAUCCGAGAGCAUGAGUGGUUUAAACAGGACCUUCCAGGCUACCUCUUCCCUGAGGACCCUUCAUAUGAUGCCACAGUUCUGGAUGAGGAGGCCGUUAGAGAAGUGUGUGACAAGUUUGAAUGCACCGAGUCUGAGGUCGUUUCCAGCCUUUACAGUGGAGAUCCACAGGAUCAGCUAGCAGUGGCCUACCACCUUAUCAUUGACAACCGGCGUAUCAUGACCCAGGCCAGUGAGUUCUACUUGGCAUCCAGUCCUCCCCAGGGUUCUUUCAUAGAGGAAGGCAUGGCACUGCCUCCUGGAGUCAAACCCCACCCAGAGAGGAUGCCACCACUCCUGGCUGAUAGCCCCAAGUCUCGCUGCCCUCUGGAUGCUCUGAACACCACCCGGCCCAAACCUUUGACUGUGAAGAAGGCCAAGUGGCACCUGGGUAUCAGGAGUCAGAGUAGACCCUAUGAUAUCAUGGCUGAAGUGUACAGGGCCAUGAGACAACUCAACUUUGACUGGAAGGUAGUGAACCCAUACCAUCUGCGAGUGCGAAGGAAGAAUCCAGUGACAGGAAACCUGGUGAAAAUGAGCCUUCAGCUUUAUCAGGUGGAUAACAGAUCCUACCUUCUGGACUUCAAGAGCAUUGAUGAUGACAUUAUGGAGGCCAUGGGUUUAAAAUCGGGUUCGUCCACUCCCCAGAGGUCAGGUUCCACAGCCGGUCUCCUCAGACCCAGACUGAGCAUUGACUCUGCGAGUCCAGCCAUUGAUCUGCCUCAGCUCAGCUCUUCUCUCCCGGGAUCCCUGUCCGGUAGUGCACCUCUCCUCACCCCCCGUCAGGGAUCACACACUAUGGACUUCUUUGAAAUGUGUGCCAGUCUGAUCACCACUCUCGCACGCUGAGGCCUGAUGACUCCCUCUGUUGCUGUAAUAAUCUAGAUUGUCAGUGGGGUUUUUAGGCCAUUUAGGGAGUGUGGAGUUUUUCUUUUUUUUCCCCUUUCUUCUCCAUCUUUGUGGAAGAGAGAGAGCGAGAGAGAGAAGUAGUGUUCUACUCAGAUGGAGAAGAGGUAAAGAGAAGCGAGACGAAUCAUUUAUUUCAUGUUUUGACACGGUCCUUGGGUGAGAGUCUUGUGUUGGGCCACACCUGAACCUGGGACGACUUCUCUGUGAAAGAGUGUAGGUGAUAGGUCAAAGUUCACAGCUGUGUUGGGAGUCCGCACAGCCUCCAACAAAAAAACCUCAAUCUGUCAUCAACUGCUGCAAAAUCAUCGUCACCACCAUAACACCCAGCACAACUCGAUUAGUUUGUUAAAGUUAGCAUCAGAGCUGUGUCAGUGGGAUUAUUUCCACUUCUACAAUUUCAUUUUAGGUUUUUAUAUUAUGUGUUUUUUUAAUGUUAUAAUGUAUAUUAUAUUUAUAUUGUAUCAUAGUACAUAGAGGUUGACAGAGUUAUACCAAAAAACAAAUUAUUUAGAUAUUAGAUCCAUAUUUAUUUUUUAGCCUUUACUUAUACUGUAUUAUUUAAGCACUGGAAAACAAAGAUAUUUAUCCUGAUUUUGAGUACAUUGUAGAUUAUGGACCUAGAGAGACAGCAGGAUAAUCGAAUAAUGUGAGAACAAUAAUAAUAAUAUGCUAAAUGGUACUGACUGUGCGCUGAAGACAGAUACACACCAUCUCAUAUGAGCUUUCAUCAUCUUAGUGUGUAUCACGAUUGGUCAUUUGCCUCGCACUAAUAUAUGAAAAGAAUAUAAUAUAAUUUCUAUAUGCCCUGUAGAGAUAAUAGCUUAUGUUUUAUCUGAUCAACAAAAUCCUUCCAUAUAUUAAUUUUAAAAAAGAGCAGAAAACAACCAAAUCUGUUUUUGUGAUCAUUACUGAUUCUGUCAGCAGUGAUACACAUUCUGUGUAUGAAUAAAUAUUAAGGUGGGAGAUCUACUGUAGAGAUUGAUGAUGAUGAUGAUGAUGAUGAAUCCACAUGGAUUGGUUUGUAUCUGCUGCAGAACAAUAUAAGCCAGAGACACUUUUCUCCAGUUGCCUUAAAGAAUGAAACAGUGUUUCUGUGCAUAUUUACCUGUACAUGAACCUGUGUGUGUGUGUGUGUGUGUGUGUGUGUGUGUGUGUGUUUGUGUAUGUGACGGAGAUCAGACGGAUGGACUUAACUUCUGACUUGUGUUUGUGUGUGUUGAGAGAUCAACAGUGUUGGAACUAGACAGUGUGGAAAAACAAAGAGAUAAGAAUCAAAAUGCGUAGUUUGGUGUCGUGUGGCUGUUGGGGCAGUUUUCUGUGUGUCACUAUCUUCUUGUUUAGCUGUUAGCACUUUCACACUCAUUGCUGAGGUCCGCAGUUUGCAAAUGUGUGGUUUAUUGCACUGCACACCUUGUGUGGGUUUCUGUUUGUGGAUAUUUGGUGCUGAUGAACGCCACGGUUUUAUUACUUUUAUUAAUGUUCUGCAUAAGUCUUGUUAGUCCUACCAAAGCAGUAUUGUGUAUUGCUGUUGUUACUGGAUUUAUUUUUCCCCCAUAAUCUUUUCUAUAGUGGAAGUAGUGCUGCUCAUCUGUUUUUGUCUCUGGGUGUGACGGUUGAGCAAUUUGACUAAAACCUCAUAUCAGCUCCUAAUCCACAACACAAUACAGAGCACAUUGUCUGUAAAUUUAAUAUAAUACAUACUUCUUAUUACAUUACAUUUCAGGGUUUACUGCCUGUGUAUCGACUCUAAAUGUAGUUUCUUAAUGUAUAUUGUGCUGUAGAAAGUCUCAAGCCUGAGGUUUAAUUUGAGCACUUACUUCCUCACUUUUAUGGCUCCAUCAACACAAUUCUAGUGCAGGUGAUAAAAGAGGUGUUGUGUUGGGGACAGUCAGCUGUUUCAUUUGGUUAAGUAAGCUUUUCUGGUCCUUUUGUACCCAAACUAUCGCCACAUGACCCUAUUUUGAGAUACUGCAGCUCGUUCUUUUUGUUUUGUCUGCUCCAGUCAAUCAUUUUCUGUUCUUUUUCACAUUCAAAACCACACGUGUUUUUCAUAGUUGUGUUUGCAUCAUCACACAAUAUACGGUAUACUGUCACAUUGCACAGCCCUGCAUAUUUUCCACUGGUUGGCCUUGAUGGAGAGCAUUGGACAGCGGAAGGACAAAUAGUGUAAAUAAGACAUUAAAAAAUAAAUAAUAACUUGAAUAAUUACUACAAAGUACUGUAUGCAAAUGAAGCAAUGUGUGUAGAAACAAUUUGCUUAACCUCAGCUCAGUAUUAUCCAAAUUUAAUUUAAUUUCUUUAUUUUCACAUAUGACUGGCUAAUUCAGAAUCUGGUCUCGUAAAGUGUAGUUCUCAAAUAUUUCCCAGAUUAUUGAUUAAUUUACAUUAUUUAUUCAUGUUUAUUCAAUGUCUUAUUUAUUUGGUGUAGGUCAAUCAACAGCUUAGGAUUUUGCCUCAUGGGCGCAUCAUAAAGGCAUUUGGUUGAAACUGUGAAUGCCAUGUUGUCUUCACUCAGCACUGAUUACGCUCUGAUGUCAGAGGGAGAAACUCUGCUCCCUGCUGGAAGAUGCAUGCAACUGCACACUCGCAGCCAUCUCUUAACACAAAACCAUGUUUCCCUCUUCCAAGAGUCUUCUGUAAUACACUCUGUUCCUGUGUCUGAAUAACAUUGUCCUCUGUUUAGUGAGCUGCUUUUGUCACAUCAGGAUCAUUAUUCAUUCACUGCUGCUCGUGACUACAGCAUAAACUAUCAGUCAGUGAAGUGCAGCAUCCGGGAGAAGUCAUGGUUCGGAUAUAAAAACUCCUCUGACAUUACUAGUAUACAUAUACUGUCAGUGAAAACUAAUUUAGCGCUGAACCGUUACAGCUGUAUGCAACUAUCAGUGGCACGUUCGUCAUAGAAACUCUGUGUUUAGAGCUGAUAACACAUGUCAGAGGGCCUGAUCAAAGACUUUCUGUGUUGUACCAAAGUGAAUAUUUUCCACUAUCCAUCUGUGGUGGGGUUCCAAUGGUGAUUGUAACCUUAACGUGUGUGUGUGUGUGUGUGUGUGCACACUGGUUAAUGUGAGAGAAUGUGCCUGUGUGUGUGUGUGUAAGAUAGAGAGA